AUGAGUGUUAAUGACCGAUCGUUAACAACAUCAGCAUCAAUGAAUAUGCAAGGAAUUGGUAAUUCAUCAGCAGGAUCAAAUCAAUCCGAUGAACAAGUUGAACCAGCAUCAACAUUAAGUAUUUUUUCAUUGGAUAUGAAAAAACAUGAAGAUAUUAAACAAAUGCUUGAUAGUAAUAAAGAAAAUCUAAAAUUAGAUGCUAUGCGUCGAGUUAUUGGUAUGAUUGCAAAAGGUAAAGAUGCUGGUGAUCUUUUUCCAGCUGUUGUUAAAAAUGUGGUUUCAAAAAAUAUGGAAAUCAAAAAAUUAGUUUAUGUUUAUUUAAUGCGUUAUGCGGAAGAACAACAAGAUCUUGCAUUACUUUCAAUUGCAACAUUUCAACGAGGAUUAAAAGAUCCGAAUCAAUUAAUUCGAGCAAGUGCAUUACGUGUUUUAUCAAGUAUUCGUGUACCAACAAUUGUAUCAAUAAUGAUGUUAGCUAUUCGUGAAGCUGCUAAUGAUAUGUCACCUUAUGUUCGAAAAACUGCUGCAAAUGCAAUUGCAAAACUUUAUGCUUUGGAUCCUGAAUUAAAAGAUGAACUGAUUGUAAUUAUAACUAAAUUAUUAGCGGAUAAAACAAUUUUAGUGAAUGGUAGUGCUGUACAAGCAUUUGAACAUGUAUGUCCAGAUAGAAUUGAUUUAAUACAUAAAAAUUAUCGCCGGUUAUGUAAUCUUCUUGUUGAUAUUGACGAAUGGGGACAACUUACUGUAUUACAUAUGUUAACAAGAUAUGCUCGAACACAAUUUGUUGAUCCAAAUAAGACAUAUGAAGAUGACAAAAAAAGUUUUUAUGAUGACAAUGAAACUGAAAAAAAUGCUAAUGAUGAUGAAGAGUCAUCAGAUAAAAAAACAUAUAUUAUGGAUAGUGAUCAUCGAUUAUUAUUACGAUGCACUAAACCAUUAUUACAAAGUCGAAAUUCAGCUGUUGUUAUGACCGUUGCUCAAUUGUAUUAUUACGUUGCACCUCGAAGUGAAAUUCAUAUUGUUGCUAAAUCACUUAUACGUUUACUUCGUUCUCAUCGAGAAAUUCAAACAAUCGUUUUAAAAUCAAUAACAUCUAUGGCUGAUAAACAUAAAGAAAUAUUUGGACCAUUUUUAAAAUCAUUUUAUGUUCAUUCAAAUGAUAGUAGUCAUGUUAAAUAUUAUAAACUUGAAAUUCUUACUAUAUUAGCAAAUGCAUCAAAUAUUUCUACAAUUCUUCGAGAAUUUCAUACUUAUGUCUUAAGUCCAGAUAAAGAAUUUGGUGCACAAGCAAUUCAUGCAAUUGGACGAUGUGCAAGUACAAUUCCUGAAGUAACUGAAGCUUGUUUAAAUGGACUUGUUGGAUUAAUGUCUAAGAAAGAUGAAACAAUUGUUGCAGAAAGUGUUGUUGUGAUUAAAAAAUUACUUCAGAUAAAUCCAUCACAAUACGGUGAUAUUAUCAAACAUAUUGUUCGUAAAGUUGAUAAAGUAACUGUUCCAAUAGCACGAGCAUCAAUUCUUUGGCUUAUUGGUGAAUAUUCCGAUCGAAUUAGUAAAUUUGCACCUGAUGUUUUAAGAAAAAUGGCAAAAAUUUUUCCCGAUGAAGAAACAAUAGUUAAAAAUCAAAUUCUUAAUUUAGCUGCUAAACUUUAUGUUAUGAAUUCGAAACAAACAAAUCUACUUGUUCAAUAUGUAUUUAAUUUAGCUAAAUAUGAUACAAAUUAUGAUAUUCGAGAUAAAACACGACUUCUUCGGGCUCUGUUAUUUCAAGCUGACAAAUGUCCAGCAUUAAGUAAAAAUGCUAAAAAGAUUCUCUUAGCACCUAAACCAGCACCAUUACUUGAAUCAAUUAUUCGACAUCAUGAUCAAUAUACAUUAGGCACAUUAUCAUAUGUUAUUGGUCAAGCAGCAACAGGUUAUAGAGAUUUACCUGAUUUUCCACUUGAACCAUCUGAUUCAAGCGUUCGUAAUGUUGAAAUAAUACCUGUAUCAACAUCUCAACAUGAUUCAGCAAGAAAUUCUAAGAAAGGAACAACACCUGGCGGAAAGAAAAAUACUGGUAUAGAUGAAAACUUUUUUUCAGAUGAAGAAGAAGAAGACGCUGAAGAUGCUUCAACGGAAGGACCAGAUGAUGAAGAAGAAGAAAAUGAAGAAGAUGAAGAAGAAGAAGAAGAGGAAGAAGAAUCCGAUGGAGAUGAUGAAGAACAAUCGAUAGAAAAUAAAAAUAAAACUAAUGAAUACGAACAAUUAGAUGCACGUUCACCAACUAUUGUUGAAAAUCAACCUCAAAAUAGUGAAAGUAGUGAAGAAGAAGAAGAAUCGGAAGAAGAUGAAAGUGAAUCCGAAGAAUCAACUGAUGAAGAUGAACAAACAAUUCCAAAGCAUGUUUCAACUGUUGGUAAAUCUCCUUCAAAUACUACCGUUAAUAAUUAUGCUUUACCAACACCGAAAAACUCGCUAUUCGAAAUCGAUUCGGAAACAUUUGAUCCAACACCAACAAAUGUUCAACAAACAUCGACAUCAAAUUUCUUAGAUGAUUUCUAUGGUGUACAAUCUGAAUCUACAUCAUCAACACUUACUUAUACUCGACAAUAUGAUUGUUUAAAUCGUAUGACAGGUAAUGGUUUACAAAUUCAAUAUCGUUUUCCACGUCAACCAUUUCCACGUACACCAAAUAUGGUUCAUAUUGAAUUAACAUUUACCAAUACAACAACAAAUAAAGAUAUUCAAUCAAUUAAAUUUCUAAAAGCCAGACCUGGUGUACAAAUCGAAGGUUUUAAAGAUAUUGAUGUAUUACCAAGUGGUGCAUCAAUUAUAGCAUCGAUUGGAAUUGAUUUUAAUGAUAAAACUCAAGCAGCUUUAUUUGAUAUUUCAUUUGACGGAAGACAAUUAUCAACACCAGUAUCAAUAUCAUGUCAUGUUGGAGAACUUUUCGAACAAAAAUUUUUAAAUGAACAAGAAUUUAAUCAAAAUUUAGCUCGUCUUCGUGGUAUGCAUGAAAUAACCGGUAAUCUUAAUCUUAGUGAAAUACAAAUGAAAAAAUUAAAUUUUACAACAAUUCAAUCGAAAAUAAUUCAAUGUGCAAAUAUUUCAUCUGUACCAUCAAGUUCAGGAGAUUCGACGAUAUAUCGAUUUGCUGGUCAAACAAUUUCAAGUAAAGCACUUAUACUUAUUACUAUUCAAUUAAAUAUGUCUCAAUCGAUAAUAAAUUUUACGUUAAAUUCUGAUCGAAUUGUUCUUGCGACAAUGUUACUUGAAGAAAUUAAACAAACAAUUUCAACAGUAUCAUAA